AUGGGAGCGUCGUCGUCGUCGUCGUCGGCGUCGGGAUUGAAGGCGCUCGUCAUUGGCGGCGGCGGAUUUCUGGGACGGCACCUCGUGGACGAGCUCCUCGCGCGCGGCUGGCAAGCAAGCGUGUUUGACGUCCGCAAGACAUUCGACGACGCUCGCAUCCCGUUCUUUACUGGCGAUCUUCGCAAGGAGGAGGAUUUGCUGCCAGCACUCCGCGGCAUUGAUGUCGUGUUCCACUGCGCGACUCCUGCUCCAUUGAGCAAAAACCGAGCCCUCUUUAUCGAUGUCAAUGUCAAUGGCACAAAGACCAUUGUCGCGGCUUGCAAAGCUGCGGGCGUUCACCGAAUGGUGGUCACGAGCAGCGCAAGUGUCAUUUAUGCUGGCGCCGACUUGGAGCUGGCCAACGAGGAUGUGCCAUACGCCAAUCCCCCGAUCGACGCGUACACUGAAACCAAGGCCGAGCAGGAGCAGAUUGUCCUCGAUGCCAACAACGACACGGGCAAGGAAGCCACCUCGUUCCUCACAGUCGCCAUCCGCCCACAUGGCAUCUUUGGUCCUCGCGACCCCCAUCUCGUGCCGACACUGGCCACCAUGGCUCGCGCAGGCAAGUCGAAAUACAUUAUCGGCAACGGCAAAAAUGUCGUCGACUUUACCUACGUCAAGAACGUUGUGCAUGGCCACAUUCUGGCUGCCGAGAAGCUUACGUGCGGCUCCAAGGUCGCGGGCAAGGCGUACCACAUUACCAACGACGAGCCCAUCCGCUUCUGGGGAUUUAUGGAGCAAAUUCUUGUCGGUCUCGACUAUCCAGCGCCGUACCUGCACAUUCCGUACUGGCUCGUGUACUUUAUCGCCCUCGUUCUUGCCCUCAUCACCAAGCUGCUCAGCCCCAUCACCAAGCUCAACCCGACAUUUACGCCAUUAACGGUCGCGCUCGCUGGAACGCACCACUCGUACGAUUGCGCCCGUGCCAAGAAGGAUCUCGGCUACGCUCCAGUCAUCAGUCUCAAAGAUGCCAUCGCAGAAACCAUUGCCACCUGCGAGCAGUGGCGCAAUCCCAAGGCAGCGCCCGCAAAGCCCUCCAAAAAGCAAAAGUGAUUGGGGUUUUUUUUUUCUUGUUUGGUGUUUUUCUUUCCGGUGCGACUGUUUGCCUUUUGUUUUUGGUUCUGCGCCAUGUAGAAGAAGAUGUCCAGAGUGGUGAAACUGAAAAGCACUUAAAUUGAUUCACAAAAUAAUAAACAAAAUCAAAC